CUCAUUCCCUUUGAGAAUUAUUCAUUCUGGGAACUCUGCACGAAAUUAUUGAAACUGUCAUUAUUGUGCGGAACAAAACAUCUAAAACCGAGACGAUAGUUUGUUUUGCAUUCAUCGAAACCUGAUGUAUUUUCUCUAAAAUACUCGACCAUGGCUUCGUCAGUGAAUAUUGAAACUACCUGUCGUAUCUGCAUGCAAAGUACUAUCGAUGGAAGGUCGAUUUUCGGUGAUUUCGAAGAUACAACAAUUGCCUGCGUUGUGGAGGAGUGUACAGCCGUGAAGAUAUUCAAAGAUGAAUCUCUUCCACAUAAAAUAUGCAACCAAUGUUUCGAGGAACUGUCGUGUUAUGUUAAUUUUAUUAAGAAAGCAAGACAAGCCGACAAAACACUGAGAAAGCAGUUGAAAACAACUUUCGGCAAUGACAACAUGGAACUAGCUAUUGUACUGACCGAUAUUUUUAAGCAAGACUUCAAAUCGGAAAGAGUAGAAUCGGACAGUGAUCAUUUCGAACCAGCAGCAGAUGCCGAUACAAAUACAGAUAAUUCAUUCUACAUGAUGGUCGAGCUGGGCAGUUCGCCGCAGAAAGAACGUAAGAAACGGGGUCGUAAAGCGCAACCAAAACCCGAACCGGAACCAGAUAUCUUGGAUGAAAUAGAGCAACGUACCUUCGAACGAGUAGCUAUACCGCAAGGGGAUUUUGUAUGCUGCGGGUGUUUCCAAAAUUUUGCUACUUUGGAUGAUCUGCAACAGCACGGUGCCACUGCUCACAGUAAGAAUCGUCCGGUCAAUACCAUCAAAGAGCACGUUUGUAAAAUUUGCUUUCGACGCUAUUUCACUCAAAAAGCCAUCGCAGAGCAUCGAGAUAAAAUUCAACGUAUGAUUGUUUAUGAAUGUAAAGUUUGUCAGAUGCGAUACACCCAACCGAACAAAAGACGAGUACACGCCCAUAAUCACGACAAGAAUGAUAAGAUUCUAUCGGAAGAAGCGAGAGCUGCACUUGGUAAGCUGUGUUGUGCGAUUGGUUGCAACGACUCAUUUUCCACGGAUGAAUUGCUCAUUCAGCAUGCUCAAAUAGCACAUAAGUUCAAUGCGAUUGAGGCACAGAUGAAAUACAGUCCGGAACGUCCGAUUGGGUGUGACAUUUGCCAUAAACAUUUCCCGACCGAACAAGCACUCGAGCACCAUCGAAUUCGAAAGUAUCUGCCCAGAAAGCACCAGUGUUCGAUGUGUGGUGAAAAGUUUAUGUCCCCCGGUUCUCUUGUUCACCACGAACUGAUCCAUCAGAACGAGAGAAAUGUUGAGUGUCAGAUUUGUCCGAAACGGUUCUACACCAUGAAACAGUUGAAGGACCAUUUGAGAAAGCACCUGGCGCCAUCGAAGUUCAUCUGCGCUCGCUGUGGGAAGGCAUUCAAACAAAGGAACUCGCUGAACGCUCACAUGUUGGCCCACGACGGGAAGCUACCGUAUGUGUGCGAGGUGUGCAACAAGGCAUUCCGGGUGAAAAACAAACUGCAAUACCAUAUGCGGACACACACGGGGGAAAGACCUUACCCGUGCCGAUACUGCGAAGCGGCGUUCGCAGAGUCCACCAAUAGAAUGCGGCAUGAAUUGAUACAUUUUAAGGAAAAAAAUCGACAGUAACAGCGAUCAGAGUCAUGGGCGGGAAGGCAUUUGUAACGUUGAAGUUAGAAAGAAAGCUUGAAUUCCCGACUAGCAAUAGCAUAAUAUUAAACUUCUAAGAUCUAAGAUGAGAGCUUCUAGCUAAAUCAUCAUUUUUUAUUUUCGUUUGUUUUCUAUUUGUUUUCUUUCGACGUACUGUAAUUAGUAAGAAAAUAAAAACAA